AGAAAAUUCGAAGGAAGGCUGUAGUCUGCAGUACACAGUUUCUGUGGAAAGCCCUUGAAAUUUGGUAUUAUGGUCUCAGACGAUUCUAGGCUAAUGGAUGCAGAGCGACAGCUUAAGAAUGACAAAAAUGGAAAGAAAAUUAUCGACAAAACAACCUAUCAGGCUGCAGCAUUCCUUACGGGCAUUGCUGGUGCAUCAAUACUUGGUGGAUUUGGAAUGACACUAGGAAUGGCUAAGAAGAAAGACCCCGAAAUGUUUAAUAAAGGAAUGAUAGGAGCUAGAGACUUACACACGGCUGGAGGGGCUUUGGCAAUGCGUGCUCUUGCGUGGGGGACACUUUAUGCUGUUACUGGUUUUUCCUUAUUUUGCCUUGGCAUAUGGAAGUUGAGCGGUGCAUCAAAUCUUCAGGAAUUCAGGAUGAAGGCAGGUAGCAUUUUGCCCAGAAUACCCAAGAAUGAUCCACCCCAGAGUAGGACAGAAUUUGAAGGACUAACGGACCUGCUCCAGUAUUUGAUUAAUGAAGAUACAAAGAAAAAAAUGGGAAAAAAUUCAGCUGAUACCUAAAAAGAUAUAUGUAUUUUCCUAGUGUAAAUAAAUUAUUUGUUAGA